AUGGCGGCGAAGGCCAUCACGUUCACCGUCCCCCUGCCGGCCGAGCAGCUCAACUCCUCGACCUACCAAGACGCCUCGAUCGGGGGCGUCCCCGAGGGCAGCAGCCGCCCGGGGCUCCGGGUCCGCUUCGACCUGGAAUCUCGGCGGCUCAACCCUGGGGACCAGGACGACGACGACUGGUUCGACUCCGGCUGCUCGGUCCAGAACGUCACGGACGACCACAUCGUCUGCGCCUGCUCGCAGCUGUCCGCGACGUACGCGGGCACGUACGGCACUCAGCCGAUACCGGAGGAGCUGCCGGCGGUCGUGGACCUGGGCGCGACUGUCGCCGUGGACGCGGUGAGGAGCGCUGGGAUCGGUGCGAUCCUGGAAGGCCAGACCGGGGACGAGUGCAACCGCUGGAGAACGACCCUGGACGAGUGA